AUGGGCCAGAGUCCGGCUUGCGGUGAUCAAGCGUGCUGCGUGAAGCCUUGCGAGGCGGGGGACCCGGCGGACAGACCCGGUGAGGUCAUCGAUGUUGUUGAGGCCGUGCGAAUAUCGCCUUCUGCGCCCUCGAUCAUCGGCCAGGCUCAGCGAUUGCAAGACGCACUCGUUGAGGAGUGUGUGGAGGCGCCUGACGACGAGCCAGAACCCAGCGCCAGCAAUCCACAUCUGCCGCCGCCGCCCAAAGCACGCCUGUCGGUGAUUAGCGCCGAUCUUCCACCGCCUGGACUACCCUACCGCCUGUCUUUCCCAGACACGAACUCCUCCGCGCAUGUGUCGAAGCUCGGGUCACAAGUCACCGACAAUACAGAUGUGUCGAAGAGGAGAUCUCAAGACACUGAUGGCAGCAAGGAAGUGCGGAGAUCGGUCGACAUGCAGCAGGAUGCCCCGACAAGCAGUAUGGUGGCCAGAUGGCGAGAGCGAUCGGACAGCCGUCUGGCUCGGCACAUGUCUCGACGGUAUUCAGCAGUGGACCAGGAGAUCGUUCGGGCAAUUUCUCUUGCGAGGACGCUGCAAGGCUGUGGGUCUAUCUGGCGCUACAACCCAGCUCGGCUCUCGCCCGAGGACCGCAUGGCCAUUUUCAACCAAUCCGUCCCUGUCGAUUCAUUCGAUGUCUUCCUCUCCCAUACUUGGUUUACCAAGGGAAGAUGGAAGGUGCUGACGCUCAUGCUGCAGUUUGGAUGGAAGUUCGUCUUGUCCCUGUGGGCCAGCGCAGUAAUUGUUGCCGCUGUCCUUUGUCACAUCGAUGUGCUUCCGGCACCUCUCUCGUUCCAAGCCGACGUUGCAGAUUUUGCUGGAGAGUGUCCGUUGGGACCCUGGUGUUUGAUCUUUUCCUUCGUGGCAUCUUUGACGGGCUUGGUCAUUGCUCCAUAUGGACGUUCCUGCAAAGAUGCGAUGUGUUUCCUGGAUGUGGCGAGCAUCCACCAGACAGAUACCGAUUUGAUGGAGCGGGGCGUGUACGGAAUCGGCGGCUUCUUGAGCAUCUCAAAGGAGUUGCGCAUUUUGUGGAGUCCGCCGUAUUUGUCGCGCUUAUGGUGUGUGUUCGAGCUUGCGGCCUACCGCAAGGUGAAUCCAUCCGGCAAAAUUACUUUCGCACCGCUAUUCGUUGAAAGAACGAUUCUGAUGGCAGUGCUCUGCGUUUAUCUCGCGAACUUCUGCAUACUCGCGGCCAGCGCGAGCAGCGGCUCUCAGAUGCUGGCUCGCGCCGGAUAUGUGGCGAUGUUCAUCCCCUUCGCGCUGAAUGUUCACAGUCUUAGGAAGAACUACCGGACGAAGUAUCAGCUCCUAUAUGACAUGGAGCACUUCGAUCUGGGCAACGUUGGUUGUUCGAAUCAUUUUGACGGAGAGUUCAUACAAGCAGCGAUCACGAAGUGGUACGGCGACCAGGAAGCGUUUGCGGCUUUCAUCCAAGGGCCACUUCGGCAAGAGCUCCAAGCAACAAUAGGUUCUACCCAUGUCCCGCUCUAUGGCGUCCUCCUGUUCGUGACACCAACAGUGAGCUUCUCCGCCUGCAAAGGGACUGGUCAUUGCGUGUUGCUGUCAUUUUGGUUCCGAGAUCCUUCGGGUUUUGGGACAAGCAGUCCUGCAAUUGGUGCAAUCAGAACCUUAAGACUUUAG